UUGAUUGUAUGUGAAAUUUUAUUGUGAAAGACACAAAAGUGAAUUCAAAGAAAUAGAACCAAAUUAAAUUUCAAUUGCAAAACUAUCAUUUUAUCUUACAAUUCUACAAUCUACAACGUCAAAGGAACUUGACCAAAAGGAAUACAUUCAUUCUGUUCGUUUGACUUCACUUCAUUAUAUUUUUUCAAUUUGGGCGCACAUUAAACACAAUCAUGACACUUGUUGCAACCGAUUCAUCGUAUGAAGACUACGCCGAUAAUUUCGAUUUGUCACUUUUGUCGAUGGACAACGAAUUCAAUUCAAUAAUUGACUCGAGUUCGCAAUCUGAAUACAUCCCAACAACGGUAUUUGAAAGGUGGAAUAUCAAUCAACAAAGAGACAUCACGAAUUCUUUAACUUCAUCAACACCACAAGAACACAUAUUGGUGUUUCCGCCAUCACCGACACCAUCCAUUGAACUCUCUACAUACAAUUGCAACAUCACAAAAACGGAAAAAUCAUCAGCCAAUUAUAAUUUAUAUCCACCAUCACCACCAGACUCAAACGGUGCACCAUCCCCAAUUAAUUGUCAAUAUAUGGAUAUUCAAAUGUCUGAUCCGACAUUUUCCUCCCAAAGUGAUCUAUUCGAUGGUCCAAAAAAGGAUUAUCAGUUGCUUCGUGAGCAUCUACAAGAUUUAAGCUUUCAGAAGAAACAUAAUCUAAAACCAUUACCUUUAGAGUCAUUGUUUGUCGACGACUGGGAUGUUCAAGAUGAUAUCGAACCAGUUAUCUCGUUGGCCUUGGAACAAGCUCGGAAAGAUGUUGAGCAAACAUGUUUAACAUUAAACAUUUCAUCAGAUCCACAAGAAUGGAACCGCGAUCAAGUGCGCGCUUGGCUUCAAUUCACCAUGAAACAAUUUGAAAUAUCAUCAAACAAAGAUAUGAAAAAUAUUUUCGACGAGGAUGGUAAAGAAUUAUCACGUUUGAAUGAAAUCGACUUUAUAAGUCGUAUACCACAGGCGGGUUCAACUUUGUUUGCACAAUUGGAGAUUUGGAAGGCUUCUGGAUGCAAUGUGUCCGAAACAUCUCAUCAAAUGCAACCGGCAUCAAAUCAGUCAAGCUGCAUGUCCCCUUGGAAUGUCCUCGAUUCGGCUGGAGCUAAUACAUCAUUUGACUGGGUAUCGUUGCCAAUGGAAACAGUAGAAGCAGAAUAUGAACAAAAAACAAUUUCCACUGAAGUACAAAAAAGCACAAUACCUGAAACAUCACCACCACAAAAAAGUGGCCGACAAGGAAGUGCUCAUAUUCAUUUGUGGCAAUUCUUAAAAGAAUUACUUCAAACACCUCAAACUUAUGGAAAUGCAAUUCGUUGGUUGGACCGAAGCCGUGGCGUCUUCAAAAUCGAAGAUUCGGUUCGUGUUGCCCGUCUUUGGGGCCGGCGCAAGAAUCGGCCGGCAAUGAAUUAUGAUAAAUUAUCGCGUUCAAUUCGACAAUACUACAAAAAAGGUAUUAUGAAAAAAACAGAACGUUCACAGCGUUUGGUUUACCAAUUCUGUGUUCCGUAUAGUAUGUAAACAGUCUAAUAACGUUUACAUUUUACAUUUAAGUAUACUAAUUUAAAUGUGGGUUUUGGUUUUUUUACAAAUAAGUUUGUUACUAUUUAAGUGCAUGAAUCAAAUGUGUAAUUUUUUUUUACAAAAGUGUCUUGUCUUUUUGUUUGUGCAAAGAAGGUAAUUUCUUUGCUCAAAACAUAUAAAAACAAGGAGCAAAGGAUUUCUUGCAAAAAUUCUACAGAUGUUUAUGUCGAGUGGCUAUGAGUGUCGACUACACUGUUUCUUUUUUUCCAAGCAAUUACAUCACAUAAUAUUGAUGAAAAAAAUCUUAUGAUACAGAUGCAUAGGUCUUCAUCCAUUUUUGAACAUAACAAUUCAAGUGCAAUACCCAAGUAUAGUGAUUGAGAUUUGGAAAAGAUGAAGCAGUACAUUCCAUCACAUACCAUUUGAUGAAUGUUUAGUUCUUUGAAUUUCACAUUUUAUCUCAUAAGCAUUUCACAAGACAUCAGAAGAGGUGUAAAUGAAUCCAAGUGCAUAACCGAAUCAUACAAAAAAGGAUAGGAAUAUUCAUGAGAGGUAUGUGCUUAAGAGAUUCGCCUAACACCAAGUUGAAACUUCGUUAUAUUUGCCGAUAGUAAAUCGAUCAACAAUGGACCGCAAAAAUAAAUUGAAAAACAAAUAAAUAUUGGCUAGUUCAUGAUUUAUAUGUAUGAUGCUUUUCCAAUUAUUUGUGUGAGGUUCAGCAGAGCUUGUAAUCUUUUAUUACAUUCUGCAUUCUUAUCAUCAAUUAAUUUUUCGAUUUACUAGAUUUCGGUGAUUUUGGUCCCAUAUAUCUAUGAUAUAUUGAGUACGUUCUGUGAACAUUAUUUAAAUAAUAAAAUACCUUUAUAUAAUU